GAAAUUUUAUUAAAAAUAUUGUAAGCCUAAAGAAGUUCAAAUUAUAACACACUCUUUCUAUAUCAUUAAACCUUAACUAGACAAAUCUGAGGCUUUAAAUAUCUACAUGAGUUAUCCAUCCGGACGAGACGUUGCAUAAUUAAUAAGUUGAACGAACUUACCUAAGUGAAGUUCGACUGUAAUUAUGCUGUCUCGUCCGGAUGGAUAACUCCCUCCCCUCCCAACCCCUCUUUCAGAUUUGUAGCUUUAAAAAUAUGAAGCACACGCGCGGCGGGGACCCGAGCGCGCGGCGGUGGCGCGACACGCGCGCGCUUUCUCAGUCUUUUAAAAUCGCCUGUUAAUGCUUGCGCAGGGGAGCGCACUACAUGAGUUAUCCAUCCGGACGAGACAGCAUAAUUACAGUCGAACUUCACUUAGGUAUCGUUAGUCUAUUUACUGUUACUAAAAUGAUGUUCACCUUCAGUGUGAUAAAUUUCGACCACAACGACAUUACAAACUUGAAGAACGCCUUAUUUUUCUUUUUCCUUCUCAUCGAUCUGUCAAAAACCACAACAUUAGCCCAAUACGCUUUGAGUUCGCGGAAUCAAGAAGAAGUCAAGGCAAACAUCGCACGCGGCAUGUCUCUCCUGGGACCGGCCAUCACUAUGGACACCCUCGUGAGGACUCUCCUAAUCAGCACAGGAUCCUUAUCGGGCAUCAGAAGGCUGGAGACUCUCUGCACCUUUGCGUGCCUUGGAAUGAUUGUCAACUACGUCGUCUUCAUGACGUUCUAUCCUGCCUGCUUGUCACUUAUACUCGAGCUUUCUCGCGAAAACAUUAAUAUGGUUCAAUUGAGCGUGGACAGAUCCAUAAGGCAGCCGUUUAACGAGGAGAAUCAAACACCGAAUCCAAUUGUGGAACAAAUUAAAAAAAUUAUGAUCGUUGGCCUAUUGGUAGUACAUGCCAACAGUCGCUGGUUCUUUAAGAAUGAAGACGAGUAUACGAAAAUGGCAACGACAUGCUCGAACUCGAACGCGACAAGCGAUUCUGAUCAUAUCGAAAACUCCGAGUUAGAAAAGUACCUGAUGACUUGGCUAUCGACCAACGCAGACAAAAUAAUAGUAUUGAUACUGGUGUUAGCUGUCGCCGUAAAAUUCAUCUUUUUCGAUGAUAGAAACGAUGUGGUUGCCAGACAGCUGAGGUUGUAUGAUUACAACAUGGUACUUGGCGCCUGCUGUAAGAAUGUGAUCGGUUACAUGCCGGUACCUAUUGGCAUCGUUGGACCGUUGCUAAUCGAUGGUCAGCUCUAUCACGUGCCGAUAGCAACGACGGAGGGCUGUUUAAUAGCGUCAACCAAUCGCGGUAGCCGUGCGCUUCUAAAAUACGGCGUAACCACUCGCGUAACGGCUGACGGGAUGACUCGAGAACCCGUAGUGCAAUUUCCGGACAUUGUGCGCGCGUGUGAGGCGAUAUUGUGGAUAGAACAGCCGCAGAACUUUCAAGAGUUGAAGAACAGCUUCGAUCAGACUAGUCAUUUUGCUAGUUUGAAAAAAAUUUAUUCAAGAAUAUCCGGACGAGAUCUGCAUCUAUGCUUUGUUGCCACGACUGGCGACGCCAUGGGUACGAACAUGCUAUUACAGGGAACGGAAAAGUCUCUACAGACGUUGCAAACAUAUUUUCCGGAUAUGGAGAUAAUCUCCCUCAGUGGAAACCUCUGCACCGACAAGAAACCUGCGACCGUUAACUGGAUCGAGGGAAGAGGUAAAAGCGUGGUGUGCGAAGCGAUCAUACCCGCGGAUCUUGUGGCGCGCGUAUUGAAGACCUCGGUGCCUGAACUUAUCAAGCUUAACAAUAAAAGGAAUUUGAUCGGUUCAGCUUUGACAGGCAGUAUAGGCGGCUUCAACGCUCACGCCGCCAGUAUUGUGACCGCAAUUUUCAUCGCCACUGGACAGGAUCCAGCACAAAACAUUGGCAGCAGCAAUUGUUUAACGUUAAUGGAAUCGUGGGGUGUAGAUUUACACAUGACCUGCACGAUGCCCAGCAUCGAAAUCGGUACAAUUGGCGGUGAUACUGUUCUACCAGCACACAGAGCGUGUCUAAGGAUGCUGGGAAUCAAAGGUAGACAUCCCAUAGAACCGGGUCAGAAUGCCCAAAAAUUCGCGCGAAUUGUUUGCGCCACUGUACUCGCUGGGGAGCUAUCCUUAAUGGCUGAGUUGGCCUCCGAGGACUUGAUAAAGAGCCAUUUGAGACAUAACAGGCACGUGUCAGAUGUCAUGAAUUAGAUAUCAUAAAUUUGUAUUUAUAUGUUUAACAAUUUAAAUGACUCAAUCGAGAAAUUAAAUGCAGUAUUAUUUUAAAUUUCCAUCUAUAUAAUCGCUAAAAAUAUAUUUUUAGAAUAAUUUUCUUUUAAUAUACAAAUAGUAAUUAUUAAAGUAA